AUGAGCCACAGUGUGAAACAGAUGCAGUCUAGAUCUGUCCAAGGAGGUUGCCAAACUUCCCAACGAAGCUCGUCAGUUCAUCACCAUGAAAGUUUCAAAAACGUCCACCACGGAAGUCGUCAUAGGGCUCCAAGUGUUCAUGGAGGCUCAGGAGGCAAAGGGAUUUCUCUCUCUCUACAGAAUUCUUCUAGUUAUGGAUACCGCUCUGGACAUGCCUUUCAGGCAGGAUUGAAACACAAUGGCUUGUUUAGUUUCAAUGAGAAGGAAACCAUGAAGAGUCUGAACGACCGAUUGGCAUCCUACCUAGAGAAGGUCUGCUCACUGGAGAAGGAAAACACCCAACUAGAGAGAAAUAUCCGAGAAUGGUAUGAACAAAAUCAACCCAGCGCAUUGCCAGACGUUAGCAAAUACUACAAAAUCAUUAAAGAACUCCAAACCCAGGUAAUUCAAAACUUUUUUUUAAAAUAUAUAAAUAAUUUGUUAAAUAUAUAUUUAACAUUUCCAUUACAACUGUAAUAUAUGGCAAUAUACAUUUUUCAUUUUCAUUUACAUCCAUAAAUAUAAGAGACUUCUCAGGGAGUCAAAAAGAAAAAUACAUCUGAAUAUAUUCUUAUUUCUAAAAAUAGCAUUAUAAAAUAUUCUUAAGUCAGUGUUAUCAUUAUCGUGUGUGAUCAUGUAUGGUCAUAAAUCAUGUGCCAACUGUAGACACCGGCCAAAAUAGACUGCAAUGGAGGAUACACUAGUACCAAAAUAUAUACAAAGAGUAACUUGUGCAUUUCUAGAACCAGAAAUUAAGAAUGUUUGAAUGGAAGGUGUAUCAACUCAUAUUUAAAAAAAAAAACCAAUAUAAUUUAUGACAGAAUUAUCAAAAUAUAUAUUUUGGUCAAUCCAUAAACCUAAUCUAACCAGACAGUGUGGUUUAUGGUACUAUAAGUUAGGACUUGGGCACCUCAACUACUAGUCACUGUCCUGUCUAACUCUAGUCCUAUAGUAUAUAAAUAACUGUAUUAAAGGUACAAUAUGUAAAUAUUAUGCCCACAUACAUUAAUAAUUGUAUGUCUUACUCAAGUUUUAGAGUGUGUUUUUUGGUAAAUAGUUGCACAAACCUUAUAAUCACCAAUUGGUAGGUAUUCAUGUUUCUGCAAUAUUUUUACUAAAAUGUUUGUAAGCACGACCAGACUAAGGAUACUGAGUAAUAUACUUUAUAUUUAAAGGGACACUAUAGUCACCAGAAAUAAAGAAUGCAAGAUAAUUUUCUUUGUCUUAACCUGUUGAACAAUGGCACAAGCAAUUUCAGUCACUUUGAUGUUUAUUUGUUUGAAAAUCUGUCAAAAUAAUCUUCAUUAGAAAACAUUGCAUUGUGAUCGGGCAGACUUAAAAAGAAAAUUCUAGUGAGGGUUCAGCUUCUUAGACAUUUUAAAUACGGUAUAAAUUGUAAGCAAUAUUCACUUAGCAGCAAAUUGAGGUGAAAUGAUAAAUUAAUUGUUAACUUGAUAAUAAAAUAGCCUAGAUGUGAUGAUAGCCGAGAUGGGGCUUUUAAAAAAAAAAAAUCAGCAGUUUUGGCAUCAUUUUGUUCACUAAGCCAAGAAAAACAGAUAAUUCUAAAAAUGAAUAUGAUGUCUGUCGUCGCUUUCUAUUUUUUACUUGGGGAACUUUUAAGAAGAUGUAUAGGCAAAAGCCAAUGUACAUUUUUUCACAUUAUGCUAAUGUCUGUCUUUUAGAUUCAUUCAGCUUACUCAGAAAAUGCUGGAAUCUUUCUAGAGUUGGACAAUGCAAAGCUGGCAUCUGAUGACUUCCGGAGCAAGUAAGUCUUUUAACCAUCUCUUGGACAAAAAUUAAUAAUAAAAGCAAUUCAGGAAAGGAAGCUAAUGCAUUAAUGAAAGGGAGCUCCUCACAAAGAACAUUUGAAAGGUUUUGUAAAAUACAUUUAAUUUAUGAUAGCUAUUACUACUUCAGCUCAAAUGUGUUCAACAUUACAACGGAAGAUGUUGUUGAAUUGCACUCAGUAGAAUUCUUUGCAACUUCUAAAUGGCAGAAAAUGAUUGGUAUUAUGGUGAAACAAUGUCUGGAGGGCCAUGCUGCGUGUCCUUGCUUUAGCACCAAAGACUACUCUCAUUUAGAUUCCUAAAAAUAUUCACGGUUAUUUAAUAAAGUCCAAAUUUAGUUUAGCCCGGAUGGUAAAAAAAUCAGAGACAAACUAGGAGCAUUUAAACAUAUAAAUCUGGACAUAAUUCAGUACAUUUAUUAAGCUCUGAAUUAUAGAAAAAAAAGAUUGUUUCAGACAUUCAAGAUAUAGUUAUGUGGCAUUUUUCGGGUAUGACAAUUUUCCUCCAUGCCAUAGUUACAGGGAAAAGAAGGACGAAAAGGGUGCGAAAAUUGACCAAUCAAUUUACUGUAAAAUAUAUACCUAAUAUACAUACUAUGUACACAUUUUGCAGUACACUAAUACAGGUACAUUUUCUAUAUAGGUUUACAGAUUAUGUGAAAAAAGGGUAACUAAUAGAGGGAAAUAAUCAAGGAACAAACAAUCUAUACACAUACACAUUAAUUAAUUAAUUAAUCAAUUAAUUAAUUAUUUAAUAAAAAAUAUAUAUAUAUUUUAACUGCUUCUGAUUUUAUCUGAUUGCUUCUCACUUGAACUCUGAAUAAACAUAAAAUUUAGUAGCUGUCCCCUAACCAUCAACUCAUCAACUUCAAAUCACAAAAAGAAUUAUUAAGUUGUUUUGUGAUUCAUUCGUGUAGCAUUUCAGAGGUGUAUACUUGGUAGAACCGCCGAUGACCCUAAAAUCAGCAAUUUGAAUGCUAUACAACACCGCAUAACCAAAUUAUUGGAAUCUGAAUAUGAUGAAAAUAUGCAUGUGAACUAUCAAAAUCCAGUUGUUUUCCAUAUUUGCUGGUGCUCAAUUGCAAAAAAAAAAGUAAAAUAGGAAAUAUCAUAGACCAAAAAUGAUUGACACUUGCAAUUUAAAUAUAUUGCAUCACUACUCCAUAUGGUGAGAAUAUAUAGUACAAUCCCUCCUGAUUAAUAAGGCGCUGGGGGACCCAAGUUUGAAUUAUUUUAUCAAUUGAAAUUUGAUUUAAAUUACUGCCCACUGGCUGCUAAUUUUGACCAAAUAUUGCUGCCAUUUGGACAGAUUGCAUUGAAUACGGUAUAAAUUUGGAAAAUAUGCAAAUCCUACUCUCUGCACGGGAUUUGUACCUAUAAAUUGUUGAGUUUAAAGAAGAAAUCAUAUUGGUCAAAUUGAGAUGUGCUUUGUUUUUGGUGAAAAUCACCAUAAUCUCUCCCACCCUUCCCAUUUGCGUUUAGUAAAUAUCAGGAUCACAAAUCCAUGAAAAAGUGAUUUGCACCAAUAUUUGCUAACCGAGACUGUUUCCAGCUUUUAGUACAUAAUUUAUUUGCCACAUAUGUAGUAAAUUCCAGUUAAACAUGAUUUCUCAGGUUACUUUGAAUGAGUAACGCAGUUUGAGAACUUCAUUUGCUUAAUAAGGGCUGCCUUCCUGUACUCCCUAAUACAUUCAACUCACUUCUUUCUCCCACAUUAAAAGGACACUUUAGGCACCCAGACCACUUCAGCUCAUUGAAGUCGUCUGGAUGCAAUGCCCCAUGUCACUUGACCUUACAGUGGUAAUUUUUGCAGUUUCUGAGAUUCAGGUAAGUGUCUGAAGGGGUUUUAACCCCUUCAGCGACACGGGAUGGGGGCGGGAGGCACGGAGGCACGGAGGAUUCUACAGUGCCAGGAAAAUGGGUUUGUUUUCCUGGCACUAGAGAAUCCCUGUAAUACUUAUGAGGCUCAAAAGCAUCCCGUAGCUAUGAUAGACCUAUGCUAAGAUAUAUAUUGGAGUACCCCAAAAAACUGUUUUUUUUUUAACCUGUACUUUAGAUACAAGUAUAUCAACAUAUGGUCUAGAAGAUGUUUUUUAUUGGUGUCCUUUUAACUUACUUUUUUUAUUUUCUGUUUUGUUUUUGUUAAGAUAUGAGAUUGAGUUGGGCCUGAGCAACAAUAUCUCAUCUGAUGUCAAAGGUCUGCGCAGGGUCCUGGAAAGACUGAAUAUAGAAAGAUGUGACUUUGAUAUGCAAGUUCAGUCUCUUGAGGAGGAGCUGCAACAGUUUAAGAAUAACCACGAGGAGGUAAUGUUAGUAGAGGGGAUCUUCAAAUAACCGACUCCCAGUUUUUAACCAACUAUAGAUAGGUGUAUUUUUGACUGGCAAAAGCUCAUUAAAGUCACAGUUCAUAAACAACUGGAGGUUCUAUAUUUAAAUAUAGUACAGAGGAUAAGGCAGUAAAGGAACUCUCCAAAUGCACUAUAUAUGUUUUAAAAAUCAUUUAGUAGCCAUUAUUUUUUCUACCUUUUCACCACGCAGGAAGUGAACGGUCUGCGUGCACAGCUGGGACUAAGAGUGAGCGUGGAAGUGGACGCUGCUCCAGCUAUAGACCUUAAUCAGUCCUUGUCCGAGAUCCGACAGCAAUACGAGAACCUCAUGGAAAAGAAUUUGCGAGAAGUUGAGAACAUAUUCAUUGCAAGGGUAAGUUGAAUUUUACCAUAUCUGCAUUUGCCUUGGAGUAGAGAACUGCGUACAGAUCAAUAACUUUUAUAUUUUCUUCUGCUUAAAUAUAAAAUGUAUAUUUUCUUAUGUUCAAAUAUCAAAUAAAAAAAUAAUAUAUAAAAAAAGAUAUAUAUGCUUUUCAAUAUUAACCUUCUUUUAUUAUUUUUAUUUUUUUAGACUGAAGAACUGAGUCAUGAAGUGGUAUCUGGUGCUGAACAGUUACAGUCAGUAACUGUAGACCUUAUUGAAUUAAAGCGUACCCUGCAGACCCUCGAGAUCGAACUACAGAGUCAAUGGAGCCUGGUAAAAUACAAUUUUCUUUUCUAUUAUGCAUUUAUAAUUAACACUAUCAUAUCGUUAAAAAUGGCUGUUUUUUUUUUUCCACAUAGGAAAGUAAUUCUGAAAAAUAAAAACAUUAUGCUGGUUACUUUAUUAUACUCCAUUAUACGUAAACAAAUAUGUAUGCCUAGACCCAGAGUGCAUUACAAAGAAAAUUUAGUAGUAAGAAAAAUUUCAUAAAAGUUUGUGGAAUGUUGCUUACAUCUCAAAAUUGAUCAUUAACAGUAAAAAAUAAAUAAAUUUAUAAACAAAGUGUCUGCAAUAUUUUUUUUUGUAAUGCCCAAUCAUCUCUCAAAUGUUAUCAAAAACACAAUAAAUGACAACAUUUCUGUUUUCUAAUUCCUACAGAAAGAAACUAUGGAAGGCAUAUUGAUGGAAACUAAUGCCAGAUAUGGUUCCCAGCUUUCCCAGUUACAAGAGAUGAUCAAUCACGUUGAAUCUCAGCUUGCACAGCUUCGAUCUGACCUAGAACACCAAAUUGUUGAGUACAAAAUUCUCAUGGACCAGAAGAACCACCUGGAAAUGGAGAUUGCAACAUACAAGCGCUUACUGGAAGGACACGAUAUCCAGUACGUAUGAGAAAAUACUCUUUAUAUUAUAAAAUUGUUAGAGAGGUUAUAAUUAAUAAUACAAAAUCUAUCUUAGGUGUAGUGCAACAAGAUACAUAAAAUUAUUGCCAUUAUUCUUAGGUUUCUGAGAAGAGGUUGAUAAGUUGAAGACCAUUUUGGGCUAACUGUAGACUAUAACUGGGGUAGGCAAGCUGUUGCACUCCAAAUGUUGUGGACUACAUCUCACAUAAUGGUCUUACAUCCAUAUUGCUGGAAAAGAAUCAGGGGAGAUGUAGUUCCCAACAUCUGGAGUGUCGAGGGCUGUCUACCCCUGGUCUAAUAUUGAUGCUAUCCUGAAAAAAGAUCUCCAUGUAAGUUAUGUUGUAGCUGGCCAAUUCCUCAAAGCUUAAAGGGUUAGUUCAAGCACCAUGUCCACUCCAGGAUUUUGAAGUGGUCAUGGUGUAGCUCUGCAGAAGCCAGAUGUGGUUCAUCUGCCAGGGACAGAGACUCAGCACCUGGUGUGACCUAGGUAAGAAGUAAGACAUUGCAAAAUGGUUUGCCCCUUUAAUGGGGAAGAGCACCAUGGAAUUCCUUGUAUCAAAACCCAAAAAGUGGGUUAUGAUGUUUGGAGUAACCCUGUAAGGUUUGAUAAUUGCAAAAAUUAAACAGUUGCCUGUUUACCUAUGUUGAAAUUUAAUACGAAAAGAAAACCAUGAUUUAAUGCAUCACAAAAUAAUGAAAUAGUCCUAAAUAUUUUUCUUACUAUUCAACUAUCUAAAAAGUGAAAUUUUGUUUUGAAACAUUCUUGAUUGUAAAUGAAAAACCUUUACUGAACAAUACAAUCCUAUCAAUAAGAUAUAGAAAAAUAUAGUGAAAUAUCCAAGUAAUUGAUUAUUUUGUAAUUUUUAUAAUCUAUGCAUUUUUUUUCUCAACAGUGUUUCUGGACAACAUGACAAAAAUGGUAAGACAUACAACAAAAAUGUAGCAAUUAAUACAAUAUAAUUAAAACGUAAAAACAAUCCACGUUUCCCUUUUAUUUGCUUGAUUGUGAAGCAUCUCAAAAUUAAUAACAGAAAAAUGUUAUUUUGUGAAACACUAAACCUAAAUUAAAAAAUAAAUUAAGACAACUCUGAUAAUGGUGAUUAUUAUUAUUUUAAUAUCUUUAGCUUAAUUAGAAACAGAAAAUAUUGCCUAUAUACUUACGUAUGAAUCAAUGAGGCAAGUUUCACUUGGAAGUAGCGUUAUUGAACCAUUCUAAUAUCUUUUUGAUCUUGUGUGAGAACCAAGUUUUUAACAGUGGAAUAGUGUAUACCUUCGUACAGUGGUACCUGAUGAAGUUUAAGGAUGUAUGGGCGCUUGACUCUAAGUUCAGAAUUUGAAGCUGCCUCUGAGUGGCCUGGAUCUGCUCAUUUUACCCCUAAAACAAUAAAAAGUAAUAUCCUGUUCAACACUAUCAACUUGUAAACAGAUAUAUUUGGGGAAAAAAUACUUUAAAGAGGUCUAGCUCACCCCCUUGAUGCUAUUACCGAAUGGAUGGCCUUUAGAAAUCCUGUAACACCACAAUACACAUGUCUGGGAGGCUUAUACCAAGAGACUAGGGUAUAAAAAAAAUAAAAAAAUAAUAAUAUAACAUUUUUGACUUGACUAGACUGGUUAUUUUUUUAUUCAUAUAAAUUCUGGGGUAGGGAGAGAUGGACAAACCCACACUGCAUCAACACAAUAUUUAGGUGGUAGCCUCCUUAUGUCAUCCAUGCACACACCAGUGCACCGAUGGUUAACCUAAUUUCUUCUUCGCUCAUCUUUCUUAUAUAAGAGCCAUAAUGACUGUGUAAUUUUAGUUAGAGGGACAGCAGUAAUAUGGGCAAUAUCUGGCGCUCAAAACAUCUUAAACUACUUGUGUUUCUUUUUCCUCAUCACCAAUGUUUUAUCUUCCAGAAUCGAACCAAAAUGUAAAGGUUCAACGCAUCACACAGAAUGUUCAGCAGGCCAAACAUUAGGUGUUCCGAAAACAUUGUGGGCCCCCCCGUGAAGGAUCAAAGCAUGAAAACUACUGAUUUGACAUAUUCUUCAAUCUGUUUCUAGAGAGAAUCAAUUAGAGUAUUCAUCCCUUCUUGUGCUUUAAUGUUUGUUCAGUUAACUAAUUAAAAAUUCUGUUCUAAGCAAAUUAUUGUCAUGCAGCUUUAAUAUACAUAGUGAUAACCUUGGACUAUUCAAUACAUAUUACAUAUUUGUAAUAUAGAUAGCAGCAUACGAAAGACAACAGAUAUUUAAGAUUGCUUUAAAAAAAAAAAAAAAUAUUUCUAUAUAUUGUAAUCAAGGUGAUAGAGAAGAGUACUAAAAAUUAGUCCAAGUGCAAUUAUUCUUACCCUUCUUAAAAUGGUAUAUCACGGGUACACAUUGAAUUCAUUAGGAAGGAAACAAACAAAAAAACUAUAUAGUGUAGAUGGUAAUACACAUAGAACUUAAAAUAAAAAAUGAUAAGAUCCACUCACAUGGAUCAGAUUCUGUAACAGCACCUUUAAGUCUUUAUGGUAGCAUACCACCUUCCAUCGAGCGGUUCUCAAAAUGUUGUUUUACAGAAAGAAAAGAGAACUCCAAUGGUGCAGUAUAUAUCAUAGUCCCAUAUAUGAAUUGCUUAAAAUAAAUUUUUAAGCUCACCUUACUCAGAGCCCACCUUACUCAUUUGAUGCACAUUUGAUUUAUCAGGUCCCAGGCACCGAAAAACGAAGAAUAGGGGGCAAAUCACCAAACUUAUAAAAAUAAUCAGCCAUUUAAAAAUACAUAAUAAUGCAGGCAAUAUGCACACCUUUAAAACAUCAAUAUAAUAACAAUCUAGUAAAGGGAAAUAACAAGAGGCAAGGAGCUGCAUUCGGUAAGUAAUCAGCCGAUUCCCAGAGUAGAUUCCCAAAGUCCAGGUGCUAGAGCACAGUGUGUGGACCAAAAGAAGACACCAUACCAGCCCCAGACCUAAUAGCACUUGGUAGCCAAGUGUUUCACCCCUGGGAGCCUGUGUGUGGACCUACCUCGGAAAUAGGCUUUGGUGCUUCUUUCAUGUCCUCAGCGGCCCUCCACAGAUGUGGCUGACGGAAAGGAGACAACCUGGGUGGGUGCAAUUGUUGAGUAAUUCUGCUAGAAAUGUAAGCUAUGCCCAGCAUAAGUCUCUGGGACCUCUUACUGUGUUGCCUCUCUGCUCUGUCCAGAAGGCAGUAUCCAGCUUAACCAGGGCCACUCGUUGUGACAACUGAGCACAGAACUUUUCAUAAAUAUAGUCAUAUUUUGACAGGUGAUUGCUAGGUUGUGGGCAAGGACUCCUACACAUAGCAGCUACAUGGCCAUCUUGCAGCAUACCCAGAUUCGCUCUGUUUCAGUUAGCCAUCCAUGUUUAUUUAAUAUUUGUAAGGCUCAGUAAGGCUUGUUCGUUUGGGGACCAGGAUUAUUAUUUAUUUUUAGUUAUUAUUUAUUCUUCCUUGUGUCAGAUCUCAAUAUCUGGGUGCAGCCAUUUUGUUUUCUCUGCCCAAGAUGUCUUCUAUUUUCCCUUCUGUGAGAUUCAUUUUAUUGGUGGGUUAUGGGUAAAUUUGACUGGCAAUUGAACGAAAGCUCUGCCCAUUUUCAAGUUUUGCCAACAUGAUUGCUAUACUCUAGGAAAAGUAGUUCCUACUUUGCAUAUAUAUUUCACAGGGAAAAAAGUUGAAAGGAUAUUCAGACACAGGAAGAUAUAUAGAAACAGGUUGGAUAAUAUUAACUUCUAGUGACAGAACUGCUUUAAACAAUUAUACUGGUUGUCUCUUGAAUCCAAAUGUACCCUUAACCUUUUUUGCAGGUAGAAAAACAUUUCUCUUUAGCACCACCACACUAGCUAGCUAUGCAGAAUGCUGAUUCCAACAAAUAUGGGUGAUGAAAUAUGCUUUCUGUUAUAAAACUCAAAUAUAACAGAACAUAAAACCUUGCAUCUGGAGCAGAUCGCAAUCCCACUCUGUCUCAUAGCUAGCUUUUUGCUUAUGAAAAUAGGAUCAUAUUUGCAAAAUAGGUCUGAAGCAAGUAAAUAUUAUCUCUAUAAUUCUGUGGACGACUUACCGGGCUCUACGCUGGCAGACUGCAAAGGAUCCACUCCAAACAUACACUGAAGUACAACAAAUAGUCGGGCUUGUAGAAAAUGCAUGCCACAUCGGCAAUGAAUGAGCGAUAAAAUAAGCUUUAAUGACACUUCUCAGACAGGCUUGGAGAGAGCAAAGAGAGGGACAGUGAUAGAAAAUGCGUUUCGGACCUAGUGGACCUUAACCAUAGGAAUACAAAUAAAUAGUACAAGGAGGUAUUUAUAGCCAAUUAAUUAUUAAUUAAGCUUUCAAGCAAUAACUUAAUCACCUUACAUAUCCACUACAGACCACAGAUUGUCUUAAGGGAAAUAUAAUUAAAAUAAGAGAAAGAAAUUAAAUUGAUCCCCAACAAAUAUAACUAUAAUGAAUAAUAAAAAUAAAAGAAAAUUCAACACAAACAUUCCAUAAAAUAAUACACAGAACACUUGAAUACAGAAUAUGUAUUACGUUUCAAUAACUAACAAGUAUGUCAUAUUCUCUACAAAUAGCCUUGAACUUAUAUAUACCUUCAAAUGCUUGAAGAAUAACAACGCAUGUUUUUCAAAACCCUCAUUACUUGAUCUACUAUCCCUAUUGAGGAUACUCGUAACAGUCUAGUGGGGAUGACAACUUGUAGCCAAUAAGAGAAUCCCCCCGCUGUAAAUAUUCUGUCAUUUUCAGAGGCAAUUUCCCCUGUGACAAUCUGCUAUCAAGUGCAGAUCUAAAAAAGGUUAUGUUGGUGAUAUGCCAUUUAACCCCUUAAGGACCAAACUUUUGGAAUAAAAGGGAAUCAUGACAUGUCACACAUGUCAUGUGUCCUUAAGGGGUUAAAGGUAAAAGUUAAGUGGAAAUCAUUUGUAUUUUAAUCAUUGAUGACCCUCUCCAAAUGAACAAAAAAUCUUUACAAAAUCAGCUGUACAUGCCAAAAUACUCCCUUAGAUAGGUUGCCAUCUCAACAGAUGUGGAACCACUCCCACCAACCCAUAAAAAGGUUGGCAUGUGAGGGCAAAAAAUUAGUCCCCAUAGCUGUCCCACAUCUUUGGCUAUAGAAGGCACUGUCAAAAAGUAAUUAUGGCUUAACAAAACUCCACAACAGAGAUACAACAUUAUUGCAUAAGGUAAGACUGAAAAUUGUUCACGUUAAUGAGUUAAAGUAAUUAUUCCUGAAUUAUGAGGAGUAUAAUGAGUUGGAAUCCAAGGACACCCAAAAAAUACUCUCUCUAGGGGGCAUUUUUCUGUUACACAUGCUUAGUUUCUCUAUAAUAGCUCUAUAGACGCCUAACCAAGGGCUGAAUGUGGACAUCCACGCAUUCAGACAACCAGUCUCCGAAAGAUCUAAUGCCUAGUACCAUAGGACAGUCUGGAGGAUCUACAAUGGACUUGUGGAUUUUUGGGAGGUGGAACAAUAAAAGAUCUCUCUCUGUCUCUUAAAAUACCAAGGGAAAAUCACCAAUCAACUAAUUCUCUAAGUAAAGCUGUACAUGUUUUAGUCGGAUCUUUUAAGAGCCUAACAUAAGUUGUCUCAUCUGAUAAUUGCCUAUAGUACUCUGUAAAUUAUUUUUGUUUGUUGAGUUACCAUGACUUUACCUCUCUUGUCUGAUUGUCCUACCAUCAGUACCAUCAGGCCUUGUCUCUCUUCCGCAGUUAAAUUAUCUUUAAUUUGUCUCUUUUCGGUAUGAGCUGCUAGUUUGAAUAAAUCUCUUUCAACUAACUUCUCGAACGUGUCUUUCUAGCAUUUUGCUUACCCUUAAAAGGUUGUUCACCAAGAACAUAUAUCUGUCUGCUAACCACAGGUAUUCUGGUAUUGUCAUUGAAUUGAGAAAGAGUGGCUGUGGUUUGGUGGCAUUACUGGCUAUACGGUAAAGGAUAUUCGUAGAUAGGUCUUUAUCCACAAGGCAUAGAACAAAGAAUAUUGGCAAAUAAAAAAAGAUGAAAACAAAAUCCACACCGUUAAUAAUUUCCUCUAAGCAUGCUAUGUGGUUUAGACAGUUUUAGACUACCACCCAAAAAGCUGUGGUGACAUUCAUCCCACUAAUUAGAACAUACACAUUAGUGCACUUUGUUUUGACAAGUAACCUUUCAACUCCAUGUCCAACACCCUUGGGUCAGAGCAUAGAAAGAGGUUAAUAUGCGCAUAAAAACCUGCAAACAAAAAUCUUUGAUGUCUAAUAACUCAAAAGCUUUAUUGCUUACAAAUACAAUUGUAAGACAAGCUAGAUAAAAUGUUUUAUUAUAUAUUAAAUCAUGUUGUCAAACUACGAGUCCACCUCAAUAACAAAGUAGCAUUGUCACUUUCCUAGGAAAUAUAAAACAACCAUCAUGUUAAACUUCUCAUGCACCUCAUAUGCUAGUUUUAAUAAGCACAUAAAAAACUACCAAGCGGUUUUGGAAAAAAAAAAAAACACUGGGUAUUUUGGGUGUCCUGAAAAGUAAUGUUUAAAUGUAUUUUUAGUUUCAGUAUGCAUUGUGCAUUACAAUGGAAACAAAAAUGAAAAUUUGGGUUGAACUGAAACACUUACCAAAUUUUUUUUUUUAAAAUUACCAACUAAUGAAGUUACAGAUAAAGAAACAGUGUUGUAAUCAACUAUAUAUGUAAUAAUAAUAAUAAUAAUAAUAAUAAUAAUAAUAAUAAUGUAUUUAACCAGGAAAGGUACAUCCAGAUUAUUCUGGUUGUCAUCGUCCUGGGGAUGUCACUUUUGCCCAACAUCCAGGGGAUGCAUUGUAUAAUUAUAAUAAAUGUUGUCACAUGCCAUGACAUAACCCAUACCAAAUCAUUCUCAUCGCAACCAUAUUGCCUCUCUGGACACACAUACAUUAAUACAAAAAGAGAAGUCCUGCACUCACUCCCAUCACUAAUGGGCCGGCAGCAAUGACUACAGUAUACAUCAGCCCCAAUAUAUAGUAAAAACCAAAGAAAAGAAAAAGUUACCUGCGCUCUCUCCUUAAUCCCUAUGUAUAUUUAGACAAAUGGAGGUCAUUUAGUUGCUCCAAUGGCCAUUGGAGGGAAUGCCCGCCUGGCAACGUCAAGGCAGACCCCCCUAAGCAGGUCCUAACACUGACCCUUCAGCCUGCUUCCUUGAGCUUCUGGCUCUAAUGAGACAGAGGGGUAUUUUUAUAUACACCCCUAUAUACUUAUUAACCCUUAAUAGGGAACACAUGGGAUGGGCAGCAGCAUUGUAACAAGGCUGUGUGAUACAAAGUAAAUACAAAUACAUUAAUGCAUACAAACACUCACAUGUUCACACACAUAUAUGUACAUUGAUAAAUGCACGUAUAUACACACUCAACACACACACACACACACACACUCUCAUGUACACACACAAACACAUAUUCCAGACUUUUACUUAUACAACUGCCAGAAAGACAGACACACAGAUACUCAGUGCCACACACAAAUACACAAUGUCAGAGACAUUUAUACACAGUCACAUAUACACCAAAAUAUACUAUCAGAUACAUAAACAUUUAUACAUGCUGACAUACAUGCACAAUAACACACAUACACACACAUACACACCCACACACACACACACACUUAUUACAGUGAUAGUGUGCUGUGGGAACUGCUGCAGCCAUCAGACAUGUUGCUUAGCUGCUUCAUUGUGACCUGAACUAUUCACAUAGUGGUCGAGUAUAAAGUGGAUAUACUUGUGUGGUAGUGUGCCACUUCCAGGGUCAGUAUUAUUUGUAUCAAGAUUUUGGAGGUAUAGGACCAAAUAUCUUUCUAGUAAUAGCAAAAUACACAUUAAGCUGUACUUAAUUUAAUAUGAAAAAUUAUAGGGACUGCACUCAACCAAAAAAAAAACACAGUUUGCUAAACUGAGCUAGGACCAGCACACCCCACACGUAUAAGAAGGAUUUUAAUGGAACGUCAAGUGCACAGCAACGUUUCAACCUGCACUCAGGUCUUUGUCAAGCUAUAAUGUUCCAUUAAAAUCCUGCUUAUACUUCAACACAGUGAGUGCCUGAGCAUUUUUUAUUUUUCGUAUUUAAUUUAAUGACAUGAUAGUUAAAAACAUAUACUACUAACUAAUAUAUACACAAGUUUGCUCCAUAUAGGGGAUUUCACACACAGUUUUAGUAUAGUAUUGUCAAUACUACACAAUAGCAGUUUCAGGAGACUAUUGUAACGAUUUACCUAACAGGCAGUGUGAAAACCCACCAGUAGAAACAGAGACUGAAAUAAAGUCCAUAAACCGGUCCUUAGAAUGGCCGGAAUACAGAGAAAACUACAAGAAACGUCAAAAACCAGCCAAGUUCAAGGGAAUCCAGAAAUACACAAUCACGAGGGAUGAAGCCGAGUCAGGGAAACCAGAAAACAGAGUAGUCGAUAACAAGACAGGUCAAAUACCAAAAAUACCAAAAGGACAGAAGAACGCCCUAAUGGGACACUAGAGACACUAGGAAUCACAACAGGGCACUGUGCCUUGGGCAAACUGAGGUUUUAUAUGUGUGGGGGCGUGGUUAGCAUACCCAUGCCCCCAAAAGGUGCGAGAGUGCUAAGCUCUAUUGGUUAGCGCGCUAGUGAUGUCAUAACGCCAGCACGUGUGCGCCGCAUCAUAAAAAGGGGAGGGCACACAGCAUCCAGCGUCCGAGAGGCUGACGGGAGCCUCUGACAGCUUAGGAGCAGCGGCAGAUCAGUGGACCACCAGGAUGAGUACAGAAGAUCUUAAAACUAUUCAAUCCCCCCUAGUCAGGAGUGGGAUUCAAAAGUUUAGUAACCAGUUCCAACUUUUCAUGUUUCCAACUCCACGGGACUGGGCCAAGACAAUGGGUCCAAGACACCACCCCCUCCCUUGUCAUGCACACACACACACACACACACACACACACACACACACACACAAGUACAUCAACACAGUCACACAUAUAUAUCCUGGGGGGCAAAGGAAAUGCUAUUAAUGCAUUAAAUGCAUAAACUUUGUAUAUUUUGCCAAUAAGCAGAAUAUACAAAAAUUAGCUAUACCAUGCAAUGAGCAAUAAAUACAUUAACUUGAUAUAUUAUGCCAAUGGAAAGUAAAUGCAUACACUUAGUAUAUCUUGCCAAUGAAGCAAUAAUACAUAAACAAGGUAUAUCAAUACAUUCAUAACAUUUGUAUAUCAUGCCAAUGGGCCCCAUGUGCUCCUAAACAGCCUCCUGAUGCCAUUCUGCCCUUACCCUGUGUGUGCCAUCUCUCUGCCACUAGCCUCUCUGUUCCAUCUCUCUGCCCUUAGCCUCUUUGUGCCAUCUCUCGGCCACUAGCCUCUCUGCCUCCAAUGAGGGUGACAGUGUGACAAUGUGUUAAGAUGGUGACAGUGUGUGUGAUAUGGUAACAGUGUACAUGGGAGGGUGACUUCCCUCCAUGUCCUCCUCCUCUUCAUGUCCCCCUCCCCUCCAUGUCCACUUAUCAAUUCCCAUAUCCCUCUCCUCUCCAUGUCCCCCUCCUCGUCAUGUCCCCCUCCCAUCCAUGCCCCCUCUCCUCCAUGCCCAUCUAGCCUCCAUGUCCCCUUACAUAUUCUAUCCAUGUCCCCCCACCCCAUGACACUGAUGUGUCUCUCUCUCUCCCUUCUUCCAUAACUGGCAGGCAGCCUGUUACCUCACCUAAUGAUAAAUGGCCCCCCUCCCUGCUUACCUGUCUAGGCAGGGGAGAGGGCCUCGCAAUCCCCGGUGCCCUCUGCCUCCUUCAUUUUGAGCACCGGGUAGUCACAUGACUCCUGGCGAUCCAACACUGAGAGGAAGGGGGAGGCGCUCCCAGCUUUCUUAGUGUGUGUGCGGUUCCCUUAUGGAGCUGCAAGCUGCCUGCAGGUUGUGGGGAGCGGAGAAGUCAGUUGUCACACUGGUGGCAGCUGGUUUUGCAGAUGGUUCGGCAAACUUGUUAAAUGUUAGUACUAGGUUCACACAAACUGGUGCGAACCGGCUGAAUCCCACCACUAACUCUAGUAUAUGAAAUUCCAUAAUCUUGUUGUUCUGAAGGUUCUCCCUCAUUUGACUCUAUACACACUGAGUACUUGUGUACUUUUUACAGUCUUCUUAAUGAACAAGUUGCUAGAAAACUUUGAAUUGGAUCUGUUUAAAGAAACACUAUAGUGUCAGGAAUACAAAUGUGUAUUCCUGACACUUUAUUUCAUGCCUUGCAGGUCCGCCAGUGCUGGCUCCACCCACACUCCACCUCCUUGGCUGAGAUUAUCAGAAUUGACAAUCUCAGCCAAUCCAAUGCGUGCCAAUCUCAUCUCCUCAUAGAGAUUUGGUGAGUUCAUCCAUCUCUAUGGGGAACGUUCAGUGUCUCCAUGCAGGGCGUGGAGAUGCUGAUAGUCAGUGCUGCAAACUGUGCAGCCUUGACCCAGAAAGCACCUCUAGUAGCCGUCUACUUUAUUUUUGUAUUGCAGUAUGCUAAAUAUUGUGUUAGUACUGGAUCGGAGGUUAUUGGAGGUGGGAACAGCCGGGGAGAAAAUUCUGCUCAGGUAGGGUGGGAGCUUCCCAGAAAUGCUCUUAUGUACAAGGCUGGAAAGAUGAAGAGUGCGUCGGGAUUCCAGCGAUAGCCAGUUUAGCUCUUUUAACAUGUCACAGUGGUGGGUAACGUAAUUAUAUUGUAGUACAAAGUGGCAGAACAAAUUAUAUAACGUAUUACGUUUAUUAAGGUGGGUUUGCGGUGCGGGUGCAUAAUCAAUGACUGGCAUUAGCAUUUGUUGCACUAUCUGUUUCCUUACUGUAGGCCUUAGGCAGGAUUUGCUUCUGUACAGGGCACCAAGUUUUGGGUAAAGCUUUGAAGAGAUUUUUCAAUGUGAAGGCCAAAGGAUAAAUUGGGGUCUAGCAACUUCUCUAGAUGUGUAAAAGAGCAGAUUGCUGUCAGUGUGCUAUAUGAAUUUGUUCUGAUACACAGUUGUUGAUUUUGUAGUUUAUGUAAUUUAGGUACAGUUCCAAAGAUCAUUGUAACAGUUUUGUCAGUGUUUAGGAAGAGUUUGUUAUCCGCUAUCCACUUUUCUACCUAUGUGAAUUGGUUUUGGAGCACAGCCUCAAGCUGCGGUAGAUUGGGUUUACUAGCGUAGAUUACAGAGUCGUCUGCAUCCAUGUGUACAGUUGAGGAUUUGCAGACGUUAGGCAGAUCAUUUAUAAAUAAUGUGAAUAGCAGGGGGCUGAGUAUGGAGCCUUGGGGAACACCACGCGUGACUGGAAGAGGAAGGGAAGCGCUAUCAGAAAUGGCCACAUAUUGCAAUCGGUCUGAAACAUACGAUCGAAACUAGAUUAGCGGACAAUCACCAAUGCCAUGGUCUACUGUGUCAAAGGCCUUGGCCAAAUUUAAGGAAAAUAGCUCCAGUUAAGUCUCCUUGUUCCAUGUCAAUUUGGAUGUCAUUGCAAACUUUUAAGAGGGCAGUUGAAGUUAAGUGAUUUGGACGAAUGUUGAUCAGGGUUCAGAUAAUUUGAUCGUUGAUAAUAUUCACAUAGUUGCAUGUGGAUGCAUUUUCCCAAGAUUUUUGACAAUACAGGGAGCAAUGAUAUCAGGCGAUAGUUAUACACCAAAGUAUUGUCACCACUUUUAUGGAUAGGUACAACUUUUGCAUUCUUCCAAAGUUUUGGUAUGUAUCCUGACAACAGGGAUUCAUUGAUAAGGGUAGUGACAGGUUUGGCAAUUGCUGGCACACUGAGCUUCACCAACAUUGUUGGGAUUUGAUCUGGUCCACACUGGCUUUUCAUUUUAAAAUUAUUAAGAUGUUUAUUAACGACACUAACAGGCACAGGUAUAAAAUAGAAUUUCUCUAUAUGAGGAUUUUGAAGAUUUGAUCUUUAUUUGCGGUCUGAAAAUGAGUGUUAUUUGAUAUUAGCAACCAGGGUGGUAGCACAUCCAACAAAAUAAUGAUUAAAGGCAUUUGCUACAUCUAGGGGGUGUUGCAGUGUUUGGUUGUCCAUUUUGAUUGGAUUGUGGGGGGUUUGUAUGCGAUUUUUGAUUUAUCAGAAGUUUCUUGGGUUUGAUAGGUUGUUGUUCAUAUGUUCACUUAAAUAUUGGGCCUUUGCCAGUUAUGUUUGUUUUGUGCACGCAUUUCGCCAUUGUCUGUAAGUACAGUGAUCAUUCAUGGAGCCAGUACGCUUGAACUUUGACCACAGUGAAUCUCUAAACUGGUACAUUUGAAUGAGGUCAGCUGUAACCUCUUUAGCAUUAGAAUACGUGUUCACAUAUACCAAAGCAAAUAAACUAUACUGACAUAAUAUGUAAUAAAACCAUGUUAAUGCUGACUUAUUUAAUAAAAAAAAAAAAAAAGGUUGAUGAUUUUUUUUUAAAAGCCAUUCAUAUACUUAACCAAUUACAUAUAUCAAACACAUUUAAUUCCUGAGCUGUGAGUUUAUCUUGUUUUUUUACAUUAGGAAGUACAUUUGUUUAUGUUUAUAUUUGACACUUUAACCCCUUAAUGACGAGUGACGGACGAGGUCCGUCACUCAGGGGAAACCCUUAACGACGAGUGACGGACCUCGUCCGUCACCCGUUAAAAUUAACCCCGGAUCGCCGCUAUUGCGGCGAUCGCGGGAUUAAUGGUGCUCCGGUCUGCCUCUGUAUUACACCCGAUCAGGAUGUCAGAGCGAUCACACGUUCUUAGUAUACUCACCUUCCGCCUCCCUGCACUUCCUGGUUCUGUGUGAAGUGCAGGGAGACUGAUCACAAUAAAAAAUAAAGUUAAUUUAAAAUCCCACCCCCCAUUACCCAUUUUUUAAUAAAAAAUUAACCCCUUCCCUGCCAAUUGUUCACUGACUACAGUGAUCAAUUGGCAGGGAUUACAUUUAACAUUUUACUGUCAUCUGAUUUUUUUUUAACCCCUGAGGGUUAAUUCUUUUUUUUUUAACCCUCAGGGGUUACAUUUAUUUAAUUAAUUCAUUUAAAUAUUUUAAAAUUAUAUAUUUAGCUAGCUGGGGUGGGUGGAAGUUAGUGGGGAAUUGGGGAAUUUGGUGUUAGGCUAACUAGGGGUUAACGUUAAAAAAAGUUUUAAAAUAAACUUUAAAAAGUUAAAAAUUAAGCUUAAAAAAAAUUAACCCCUUCCCUGCCAGUCGAUCACUGCCUACAGUGAUCAAAAUACAGAUCAUUAUAUAUUGUGAUCUAAUUUUUUUUUAACCCCUGAGGAUUAACUUUUAUUCUCAGGGGUUCAAUUUAUUUAAUUAAUUAAUUUAAAUAUUUUAUAAUUAUAUAUUUUGCUAGCUGAGGUGGGUGGGAGUAAUGGGAAAAUGGGGAAUUUACUGUUAGUGCUGCUUACUGCUAGUUAGGGGUUAACGGUAAAGAAAGAGCUUAGAAAAAUGUUAAAUCUGUAAAAAAAAGUUUUAAGAAAGUUUAGGAAAGUUUAAAAAAAUUUAUUAAGCAAAACAAAAAUACAUUUAAAAACGCUCAUUACCAAUACACCUGGAACAAACUAGAGAAAAAAUGAUCCCACGCUAAGGUUCAAAAUAUGCCUUUUGCACGGUGUAUUCUUUAAUAAAUAGUAUGUGUUUGUGGGGAAGUUUCAAUAACCAACCGUCUAAACUACUCCACAAUGGAACAUGGAUACAGCUUAAAAAACUUCAAAGUUAGAAAAAAACUGAAUGGCUGCGUCUCAAAUGCGCCCCUUCAACAUCACAUAUACCUGGCAAAGGUACAUACGGGGUUAUUGCUGUACUCAGCCGACAUAGCUGAGCAACAUAUGAAGUAUUAUACAGUCGUAGCACACAUAAGGUUUGCAAAAUAUACUGCGCAAACUCACUUUGUGUCAAAAAGGCAGAAAAAACGCUUAUUACCACUACACUUGGUACAAGCUAACGGAAAAAUUAUCCCACGCUAAGGUUCAAAAUAUGCCUUUUGAAAUACCCUGGGAUUUCUUCUUUAAGAAAUGGUAUGGCUUUAUGGGGUAUUUGAAUUAUACAGCCUGGUAAAAUACUCUAAAAUGGGACAUGGGCACAGUGUAAAAAUUUUAAGUUUGAAAAAAACUGGAAUGGCUGUGUCCCAAAUGUGCCCCUCCGAUGUCCACAUAUACCUGGCAAAGGUACAUACGGGGGUAUUGCUGUACUCAGCCGACAUAGCUGAGCAACAUAUGAAGUAUUAUACAGUGGUAGCACACAUAAGGUUUGCACAAAUAAUGUGCAUACUCAUUUUGUGUGUCAAAAAGGCAGAAAAAACGCUUACUACCACUACACCUGGUACAAGCUAGCGGAAAAAUGAUCCCACGCUAAGGUUCAAAAUAUACCUUUUGAAAUACCCUGGGGUGUCUACUUUAAGAAAUGGUAGGCCUUUGUGGGGUAGUUUGAAUUUAAAACCUGCGAAGAUGCUUGGAAAUUGCACAAAAAUUAAAAGUUCGGUAAAAACUGAUAUGGCUUGGUCUCCUAUAUGGCACUGUAGCUUCACGAAAUAGUGCCAAAGACAUUCAUUGAGGUGUCUUUUUACUCAGAAGACUUAGCUGAGCAUAAUGUGGGGGGUUUGAACUUAGUAGCACAUAUGAAAUAUACAAAAUGCCCAGCAAAAAUGCAAUCCGUAUGUAAAAAAUGCACAAAAUUAUUUUUUACCACAUACUUUGGCAUAUAUUGGUGAAAAAAUGGGGGCAUGUUAAGGCACAAUAUGCACCUUAUGAGAUACCCUGGAGUGUCUACUUUUACAAAUGGUAGGCCUUUGUGGGUUUUUAUUGAACAGUCAAACUGUUAUAAUACCCCAAAUGGAAGCAAAGGCUCAUUAAAUCUGUCUCUCAAAAUUCUACUGUGAAUACUGAAAAGGACAGGUCUCCUAUAUGGCACUGUAGCUUCACGAAAUAGUGCCAAAAACAUACAAUGGGGGUGUCCUUUUACUCAGAAGACUUAGCUGAGCAUAAUUUGGGGGGUUUGAACUUAGUGUCACAUAUGAAAUAUACAAAAUGCCCAGCAAAAAUGCAAUCCGUAUGUAAAAAAUGCACAAAAUUAUUUUUUACCACAUACUUUGGCAUAUAUUGGUGAAAACAAUGGGGGCAUGUUAAGGCACAAUAUGCACCUUAUGAGAUACCCUGGAGUGUCUACUUUUACAAAUGGUAGGCCUUUGUGUUUUUUUUUGAACAGUCAAACUACUAUAAUACCUCAAAUGGAAGCAUAGGCUCAUUAAAUCCGUCUCUCAAAAUUCUACUGUGAAUACUGAAAAGGACAGGUAUCCUGUAUGGCACUGUAACUUCACGAAAUAGUGCAAAAGACAUACAAUGGGGGUGUCAUUUUACUCAGCAGAUAUAACUGAACACAAAAUAAAACUUUGUACAGGAAUAGCACACACCAACUUUACAAAAUACACAUGAAAAUUUCUUUGUUAUAAGUUUGUGUGCCAAAAACCAAAAAAAACCCACAAUUUUACUCCAAUAUUUAGCAGAGGUUGGCGGUGAAAUGGCUACGUAGAAAGUGUCAAAACAACCUUAGGUAAAUAGCCUGUGAUGUCUACUUUAUGUAAAUAUAUACUUUUGUGUGGCACUUUUGUUUUCUUUUAUGGCUAUUAAGCUUACAAGACAAACAUUCCAAAUUCUAAAAUCGCUCCACAUUAAAGGUUUAGUUUACUCCUUGUGCUUUGUGACCUGUAACUACCAAAAAAAACUUAAAAUCCCAGACACAUUAUAUAUUUUGUAAAUCAGAACAACUAAAUGAAUUUAUUUUUAAUUACUUUCCUUAACCUGCACUAAUUAUGCACACAUUAUUAUUGCAAAAACUGUAAAAAAAACCAAAAUUUUAAAUUUUGUUUGCAUUUGUCUGUAUUUUUUGUAUAAUAAAUAAGCAUUUAUAUAAAUAAGCAUUCAUAAUGCUUUCCUAUGGAAGCUGGCAUCUUCUCACUGUGAUUUUCACAGUUAGAAGCACGCAAGCGCCUCUAGCGGCUGUCAAUGAGGCAGCCACAAGAGGUUUUAGAGGCUGGAUUAACCCUCAGUGUAAACAUAGCAGUUUCUCUGAAACUGCUAUGUUUAUAAAAAAAAAGGGUUAAUCCUAUCUGGACCUGGCACCCAGACCACUUCAUUAAGCUGAAGUGGUCUGGGUGCCUAUAGUGGUCCUUUAAGGGGUUAACAUGUACGACAUAAACUUAAAAUAUUAGUAAUAACAUUUUGUCUAGAUUCCUAUGUACUAUAUAUAUAGAGAGCUAUAUCAAACUUUACUUAAUUUAGCUAUUUUUGCAAUUCAUCCCCCAUAAUGCACUCACAUACAAUCACAUGGAUUCAGUGGCGUACACAUGACCCAUGGGGCCCCGGUGCGAAAAUUGAUCCGUGGGCCCCCCCCCGCGCGCGAGCCGGGCCACAACACAUGGCGGUGGGCACCUGGUCGCAGGGGUUACAGGGUUGCGACCCCUGAGACCGCGGUAUGUACGCCAGUGCAUGCAGAUGCACACACACUUAAAGGACCACUACAGACACCCAGAUCACUUUAGCUCAAUGAAGUUGUCUGGGUGUCAGGUCCCUCUAGUUUUAACCCUGCAGCUGAAAACAUAGCAGUUUCAGAGAAACUGCUAUGUUUCACUGAGGGUUAAUCCAGCCUCUAGUGGCUGUCUCACUGACAGCCGCUAGAGGAGCACACUGAACGUCCAUAGGAAAGCAUUGAGUAAUGCUUUCCUAUGGACGGUUUGAAUGCGUGCGCGGUCACAUUCGGAGCUGAGAGGCUGAGGGAUCCCCAGCGCCAAGGGAGUCCGGCGCUGGAGAAAGGUAAGUGCUGAAGACACACACACACACACACACUUACAAACGCAUACACACUAGCUAACAGAGACACACUCAGCGACAGACAUACAUACACACUCACUUACAAAACAUACACUCUCAUUGACAAACACGCACUCACUAACAGACAUCAAAGACUCACUGACACUCACUAGCAGACACACAUACUAACACUCACACACACUAACACUCACUAGCAGACACACAUACUAACACUCACACACACUAACACUCACUAGCAGACACACAUACUAACACUCACACACUAACACUCACUAGCAGACACACACACUAACACUCACUCUAACACUCACUCUAACACACACACUAACACUCACUAGCAGACACACACACUAACACUCACUCUAACACACACACUAACACUCACUAGCAGACACUCACUCUAACACUCACUCUAACACUCACUCUAACACUCACACACACACACAUGUUUUUUUUUAUUUUAUUUAUUUAAUCCCCCCAGCCUCCUUACCUUUUGGAGUGCUGGGGGGAUUCCCUGGGGUCCAGUGGUGCUGCUGACCCCAGCUGGCGGGUGGCCGGUCGGCAGGCGGGCGCGCGAGGGAGCACUCAGUGCUUCCUCUUCAGCUCCCUCGCGCGCCGCGUAGGGAUUCCGGCGCCAGAAGAUGACGUCAUCUUCCGGCUCCGGUAUCAGUGCGGUGCGCGAGGGAGCUGAAGAGGAAGCACUGAGUGCUCCCUCGCGCGCCUGCCUGUCCGACCGGCCACCCGGGGUCAGCAGGGCCAGCCUCAGGGGGCCCUGGGGUGGUCAGCUCCUGGGCCCCCCAGGGGACGAGGCUGGCCCUGGGCGUACAUACCGGGUCGCAGGGGCGGCCGGGCCCCCUGGUGGGCCGGGCCCGGUCGCAGCCGCGACCCCUGCGACCCAGGUAUGUACGCCACUGCAUGGAUUUUGUAGUACUGCAGAGAUAUCAUAGCACAUCAGUGGGGUUACACUUAAACAAGUAUGCAUACUUCAAAAUACUAUAACUUUUUAACACAAAACCCCUGAGAUGGCCGCAUGGAGUCAAGUACUCUGUUACAUAGUAUUUAUGAUGAGAUAAAAAGACUUGGUUGCCUUCUAACAUAUAGUAGAGUAUCAUUAUUAGACCACCACAAUCAGUUUUGAACAUGACAAACAUCAAAGGUGGCAUGUUACUUACAAAUCAAAGGUUAAUGGAAUCAUUGUAACAUAAAUAAUUACCAAGCAUGUUCUCAUUUUAUUAAUCUCAUCUUUCAUUUUAUAAGGGUGUGCAUCAAGCCAGUUUCUGAAGCUAAAGGUUUCAAUAAACGCUUCUCUCUUUUCAAAAAAUAAAUCUGAUGUUUCUACUUUGCAAUUCCAAUCAAGAAAGUAGAUGCUUAUAAAAUGUUUAACACGCAUUCAUGCUCAGCAACACCCCCUGUACUUGUUAUAAAAACAGAACUCUGGAUGAAGUGAAGGACAUCUAUUUACGUAGCUGAAUAAAUCUAAAUUGUUCCUCAAGAACAUAUUUUCUGAUCAUCAUCAUGAGCCACAUUAAGCAUCAAUUCUCCAGUGGAUCCUCAAAUAGAAGCUGUCACAGUGGUGGACAUUCCCAAAAUGUCACUAAACAUAAAUCUUUAGCUCACUGCGGAAUCUCUCAUAAAAAACAACUUGGAGGUACCAACCUUUCUAGUUAUGGAGGAUCCCAUCUUUCACAAUAUGGUGGAUCUUACACUCAAAACCAUGGGAUUUCCCUAACUUCUCAUCAUGCAGGAACAAACCUUUCCCACCACGCAGGCCAUUACCGAGCCCCAAGUGUGCAUGGUGGUUCAGGAGGUAAGGGAAUCUCCAUCUCCAAGCAUUCAUCCUUUAGCCAUGGUGUCCAUAGUCAUGAUACUAGCUUCGGAAAGAAAGACGGUAUUUUCAGUGUUAAUGAGAAGGAAACUAUGCAAUCAUUGAAUGACCGCUUGGCAUGCUAUAUGGAGAAGGUUCGCUCACUGGAGAAUGAAAAUACCCAGCUGGAGAGGAAUAUCAGAGAAUGGUAUGAAAGAAACCAACCCAGUGCUUUACCUGAUUUCAGCAACUUUUUCAGGAUCAUACAGGAGGUCCAGUGUCAGGUAAGAAAAAAUGACUCUCUACUCUCAUACAUAUACAAACAAUACAAUAUAUUUUGCAAAUUAUAGCUGACUGCAGCUUUAUUUGACAUUUUACACAGAUCUCCGGAGCAACAGUAGACAAUGCCAGGAUUGCUCUUCAAAUUGACAAUGCUCGUCUGGCUUCUGAUGAUUUUCGAAACAAGUAUGCUUUUUAUAUAGUAUGUUAAAAUUGUAAAAAAAAAAUGAUCCCAGGACAUAAAAAACAUAAAUUAUAGCAUACUGCCUGUAAGACAAGUGUGAGUAACUUAUUUUUUAUCAUGUUUGAGAAAAUAAUUACAUCAAAUAUUAAAACAUCAUACAAAAAGAACAAGCAAUGCAACAUGUAGUUAACAUUACAAGCCUCAAACAUAUUGCAGAAGAACCCUAUAUACGCUAACAGAAUGUAAACUGAAUAAUACAGAAAGAUUAAAAAUAAUUGCAGUAUUAAAAUAUUUGAUUAAUAUAAAUACAAAACAAAAUCAAAAUAAACCAAAAUAAACAAUAGGAUACUGUCAUGCACCAUGCAAAUAAAGGCCUCAUAUCUGAAACUCAGUUAUAAUUUAAUAUGUUGUGUUUUACUGAUAUGUCAACAUAUAUUCGGUUAUCCUCCUUUUAAAAGAUUUAAUACGUUUUUAACUUACAUUUUGAUUUGUCAGAUACGAGAUGGAACAAAGACUAAGGAACAGUGUUGAGGGUGAUGUGAAUGGCCUGCGUAGAGUCCUAGAAAGCUUGAAUCGUGAAAUAUGUGACCUUGAGCAACAGGUUCGAAACCUGCAGGAAGAGCUGCAGCAAAUGAGGAGAAACCACGAGGAGGUAUUGAGAAAAGGGUUAUAUCACAAAAGGAUAUUGCAUCCUAAUAAAAAAAAGAUUGCAGUGAAUGAUGGAAUCAGAAAUAAUUAUGACUAUGUGGGGUUUAUUUGAAGGAGGUGAAUGCCCUAAGAGCCCAACUGGGUCAGAGAGUCAGUGUGGAAGUUGACGCUGCUCCAUCAAAAGAUCUGAAUAGAACCCUGUCUGAGAUCCGACAGCAGUAUGAAAACUUAAUGGACAGAAACCUAAGGGAGGUAGAAAAUAUGUUCCGGCAAAGGGUAAGUCUAUCUAUCUAUCUAUCUAUCUAUCUGUCUGUCUGUCUGUCUGUCUAUCUAUCUCUGUCGUAAUAAGAGCUGCUAGAUAGGAAUGUGUUCCAAUGUUAAAGUUAUACAUAUUUUGCUGAUGAUCUACAUGCAAAUGAAGAUAUUGUUAAUUUCCUCAUAUAAAAAUCCAUUACAUCUUUUUUAAAUUUUUCAAUGUUUUGGUGGCAACAUUUUUCAUUUUAGAACAUAAUCAAUUCCUAAAAUAAUUUCACAUUAUUUUCAGUAAUGCAUCUUUAUUUCACCCAAGCUGAGUUUAUGACAUUGCGUGAAACUCACUUAUCGUCAUGUUUUUUGUCAUUGCAGAGUGAAGAGCUGAAUCGUCAAGUGGAAUCUGGUUCUGAACAACUGCAGACAGUCCAAACUGAACUCAUUGAUUUGAAACGCAAUGUGCAGACUUUGGAGAUUGAGCUACAGAGUCAACUAAGCAUGGUAUGUCUUUCACUUGAGUUGCAGGUAGUGCUACACUAUGUAGAUUACAGCAGAAACAAGCUUGUUGCAGGUACUAAUCAAUGGGCUAGUAUCUUAAACUGGAACACCCCCUCUAAAAAAAAAAACCCUGAAAAAAAAUGAUGGUAAUGGAAUGAAAACAAGACCAGAAAUUGUCAUUUUGAAUCUGUCUUGGCUCUGCUAGAGAUGCCAGUAUGAGGUCGCUUAAAGGUUACUGUAAAUAAAAUAUGGAAAAUAUAUACAUAUAUAUACAUUAUGUACCCAUAUGACCCCAGUGAGUGUAUAUUAAUUGAAAGCAAUCCUACUCACAUUUUGUAGAACUUCACAGUGCUCAAAUCAGUCAACAUCCCUAGUAUAAUUACUGUCACAAUAUAAAUCUUUGUUCCCAAUUUAUGAUCAUCAAUAAAUAUUAACAUAAGUGAAACAUUCCUAUGGCACAACUUUGUUUGCCAUUGGAGAGGGUUUACUAAUUUGUAUUUUUUUCUUUCCAACUUACAUGUCUUCUUUGUCCCAAUUCUUACCUAUAUCUGAUUUCUCUUGCCGUUAUCUUGAAAUAUUCCUCAAUGAAAAAAGUGAGCCUUUCUCAAUCUGGGAUUUUCUAAUUUUCUUAUGACUCUAGAAAUGUGCUAUGGAGGGCUCCUUAUCAGAAAUAGAAUCUGGAUACAGCUCCCAGCUCUCCCAGCUACAAGGCCUAAUCAACAAUGUAGAAUCCCAGCUAGGACAGAUCCGAUCUGAUCUGGAGCACCAGAAUCAUGAGUACAAAAUACUUAUGGACCAAAAGACACAUCUAGAGAUGGAAAUUGCCACCUACAAACGCCUUCUGGAAGGACAAGAAAUCCAGUAAGUUACAUUCAAUCACAUAUACAAUUAAAUCUGACAUUGAUAUUUAUUUAAAGUUGUAUCGAAUCGAGAUGUAUUGAUUACCUAAAUUGAAAUAUGUAUGUGGUAAGAUUUUAAACUGAUAAAUUCAAGUAGUCUUUCAGCUCCUAACUCCCUUAAAGUAGCCAGAAAAUAAAAUGCAAACAACAUGCAGGAUACAAACAUUUUUUAGAUGUUUUUCUGGUGACUCAAAAGUCAAUCAAACAAAAUCGCAUUAGACAUUAGUUAGUUGCAUAAGUAUUCAGCCCGAGUCAAUACUUGGUAGAACCAGCUUCCAUAAUUCUUUCAAGAAUGUAUCUGGGCUAUGACUGUGAAAGAAAACAUUUGUGUUUUUAUUCUUAAACAGCUAAGGUACAGGUUUGACAGUGCAUUAUCUUGCCAAAAGGUGCACCACCAAUCUAUUCUUAGAUGCAUCGGGUUCUAGAUUCUAUUAGAGUAGAUAUGUUUAUCUCUUCCUUAUAAUUGAAUAUCAGUUUUCCCAUUUUCCUAUUCAAUUACAAGAGAUACAAUUAUUUAUCUAAUAUAAUCCAACCAGUAAUGUUUAUGCUAAAGUUCAGGUUUGGUUUCAUUAAACCCAAGAACCUUCUUCUACAUGUUAGUUGGGUCUACUGCAUGCCUUUAAAGACAUAGAAAAUGGAAGAAGGAAUACAACAAAUUCUAACCAAAUGCUUCUUUCCUUUUGCAGUGUUUCAAAUCACUCUUUCUUGGGUGGAAAACAUGGUAAGUUGUAAAAUAAUUUUCUGUUUUCAAAUGGAAAUUAUAGAAUAGAAAAUGAAGUGGCCUUUACUAGAAAGGGACACAUCUCAUAUAUAAUGUAUUUGCUUAUAGCCAUUUAGUUUUUUAGAUAUACUGUAUGUGUUUUAUUCCACCUACCGCAUAUGUAAAAUGAAUGCUUCAUCACUAUCAAUAUUAAUUUCAACCAAUCUGCAUGGCAUUGAUUAGAUUAGAAUGCCGGGACAAACCACCAAAGCAAUCUCAGCUGAUAAGUCUGGUUCUAGUAGAAUGACAAUGAAAAUAUGAAAGUUCUGAAUUGUCCAUGAGGCCAAAGAGGUGCAGCAUGUCAGUUUUGGGAAGACUCUUGUUAAAGGGUUCUUAAAAGAUAUGAAAUUAAUUAGGGAGACUGUGACAGUCUACAAUAGACAACCUAAUCAAUCCAGCGAGCUUUAAUUGCUAAGUUACUUUGAGUUCUUUAACUGGAUAUUGUGAAAAAUUGUCAAGACAAUUGCACAUUUUAGACUGCAAUAAUUAAACUGGAAAAGAUGUCCAAUUUAACAAUUUUUCCAAAUUUGACUGAUUUAGACUAACUGCAAUAAUUAAACUGGAAAAGAUGUCCAAUUUAACAAUUUUUCCAAAUUUGACUGAUUUAGACUAACAUUUUGUUAAAAGCACCAAUUUUAAUGAAUAAGACUUGUACUGCUGUUAUGUUUGGAAUUAUAUUUAUGCUAAUAAUAAUUUGUUUUCCUAGGAUCUCAUAGCAACAAUAGCACUCAUCAUCACAAUGAAGGCCAUUCUAAAUGCUAA